AUGGACAGCUCGAUUGUCGAUCAGGAUGAAUGUCCUUCAAAUGCGUCGUGUUGGGAACGUAAAUCUCCUCCAUUAAUCUUCUGGGCCAACAUUCUGGGGAUCGUAGAGACGACGGGCUUUAUCACACCAUAUCUACUCCAUCCAAUUCAAGGCUUCCACACCUAUUUUCCCACAACUGGCGCCCCUUCAUUCAAUCCAGAAAACAGUAUUAGGGCACUCGCUGGGAAAGUGAUUCUCGUUACUGGAGGCAAUAAUGGACUGGGCAGAGAAACCACUCUUCAACUAGCCAAGCACAAUCCAUCGAAAAUAUAUCUUACUUCUCGUACACAGUCCAAAGGCGAAGAAGCGGUCAAGUCAAUCAGAAAAUCACUUGGACAAUCAGGUACUGACCUUCAAAACUUAUCACUCGACCUUGCAUCCUUCAGUUCAAUUCGAUCCGCGGUAGAGUCGGUGAGAUCGUCCACUGAACGUCUUGAUAUCCUAAUUUGCAAUGCUGGUGUCAUGGCAUUACCCCUGGGUAAGACGGAGCAAGGUCACGAGAUUCAAUUUGGUACCAACCACAUUGGACAUCAUCUUCUGACGAAAUUGUUACUACCGACCUUGGAAAAGACAGCAGCACUUCCUGGCUCAGAUGUUAGGGUAAUCUCGAUCAGCUCAGUCGCUAAUAACAGAGCACCAGCCAUGGAGACCAUGUUGGAUAAUGAGAAGCUCUCUGCAACCAGUACAUGGACCCGCUACGGGGCCUCGAAAGCUGCCAACAUACUCUUCGCCGCUGAGCUUGCUAGGCAGUAUCCUGCUAUAAAAUCGGUCUCGGUCCAUCCUGGGAUUAUCAAAUCAGGCCUAUGGGACACUACUAACAAGAGCAAUGCUCUAAUUCGGUGGGCUCUCAUGCUCAUUGGACCAUUGUUGUUUCAACCCAUCUCGACUGGCGCUCAUAACACGAUCUGGGCAGCAGCGGGCGCCAAGAAAGAGGAGCUCCAGAAUGGGGCAUACUAUACACCAGUAGGGAAGGUCGAUGGCGAAAAUUCAGGCAACAAAUAUGCGAUGGAUGUGGAAGCGGGCAAGACACUCUGGGAGUGGACGGAAGCGGAGAUUGCAAAGGCUGGAUUAUAG